AUGCUCGCGCCCCUCCUCCUCCUGCUGCAGCUGGCUGCGGCAGCCUUCUCCCCUCUGGCCCUCGCGCUGCCCCUCAACGACGCCGAGACGCGGCAACAGGACCUGGUGCGUGCGGCCGCUUCAGUGCUCGACGGCUCCUCGUCAUCGCUCGUAGCCAACCCCCACACGCCGGCGCACACGCUCCCCUCCCUGUCCUACGCGCCGGGCGUCAACGACGACCUCUACAUCCAGCUCACGCGCUCCCUGCCCGGCAUCCUCGACAACGCGAUCCGGAUCACGACCCACUCGUGGGAGCUCGGCACGCUCACCGAGGUCCUCAUCGAGGUGUACAACCCCGAGCUGUCGCCGUUCGGCUUCCUCCCCGCCGCAUGGAACGCGACCUCGCUCCCCAACCUCCCGCUGACGGUCGUCAACAUCACGGCGCAACAGCUCGCGUCCUACGACUGGUCUGGCGCGCCGGGCCCCUCGACAACAAACCUCGUGCCCCUCCUUUCCAGCUCCACCCCGCGCCCGCUCGUCGACGGCGCCGGAUCGCUCGGCGACCCCGCGUCCCUCGGCCCUGCCGCGUGGAUCACGGCCAACUUUGCCGACCAGGUCCGCGUCCUCAACGGCUCCGGCGUGUCCGGCCUGCACAGCGACGCGGCGUACGCGUGGGCAGUGGGCAACCAGCUCGCGGCGCUGUACAAUGGCCCCCGCGCAGACAACGGCACCAUCUCGCAGCGCGACUCCGAGUUCCAGCUCUGGAGCGACAUGGGAUACAUGAUCCCCCCGUUCCUCGCCUACCUCGGCCUCACGACCAACAACGCCACGCUGCUCGGCGACGCGCUCACCCAGUGGUCGCUCGAGAGCAGCGCGCUCCUCGACCCCUCGGCCAACCUCUACCGCCACGUCCACUACUGGGACACGGGCUUCUGGCUCACCGGCAACGGGUGGAUGCUGAGCGGGCUCGUGCGCGUGCUCGCGUCGAUUGCCAAGUCGCCCUACGCCGCGCAGUUCAAGGACCAGACUGACGCGGCCGCACGCACCGCGGCCAACGUCUUCACGGCGCUCUUCAACGCCCUCGACAACUCGGGCCUCAUCGCGACGUACGUCGGCGCGACAGACGGCACGGCAGCCCUCACCGACUCGACGGGCACGACCGCCGUCGUCGGCGCAUUCUACCGCUUCCUCGUCCUCCGCCCCGACCUCGCCACCCCGCUCAAGUCAAAAGCCGACAUUGCCUUCCGCGGCGUUGUCGCAAAGAUCAACUCGGACAACUGGCUCACCGCCGUCGUCGACCCCCAGGGCACAAACGGCUUCCUCCGCAACGACGCGGCCAACACGCGCUCUCCAGAGGGGCAGAGCCUCCUCGGCGCCUUGUGGGCCGCACGCACUGCUGCAGGGCAGUAG